AGAUAUUAUAUAAGACUCGAAAUAUUAUGCCAGGUUUUUGUUUGACUGAAUUGCAUGCGUGCGUGAAACGCCCCCUUUUCGGAUCACGCAGCCAAAGCGAGACAAAUUCAGCACCAUGUUCAGGAGAUCCAUCAUCUGAUCUACAGCAACAGCAGAGAGCACGUCCGUCUUCAGUCUAUUCCAUUCCAUUUAGAGGAGAAUCAACUCUGGAGAUCGAUUGUGAUUUGUGUUAUGAUUUCAUAUUGUAAACUAAUAUAGAUUAGUUUUCUCUGAUGAUCAAGAACUAAACAAGAACUGAACUCGAGACGCAAAUCAAGCACAAGCAAAGUUCUAAGAGAGAUGAGCCGCAUUUAAUUAGAAUAUGUCAACUCAACGGAAUUAAAAGCCUUUAUAAUCUGAUUUUUUAAAGAACUUUUUUUUUUUUUAAGAUUUUUUUGAGAAUGGAGAACUUGACAGUAUUCAACGAUACUCUGGCAACUUGGACUGACCGCAGUGUCGAAUACAAGGUGAUCAGCGUCCUCUUAGUUUUCCUCAUUUGCGCACUCGGGAUAGUUGGAAACGUGAUGAUCAUUCUGGUCGUCCUCACCACCAAACAUAUGCGGACCCCGACCAAUGGCUAUCUGGUUAGUUUGGCUGUCGCAGACCUGAUGGUGUUGAUCGCAGCCGGUCUGCCGAGCAUAGCGGACAGUUUGUUCGGUUCAUGGAUUUUUGGGCACGCGGGGUGCUUGUGCAUCACAUACUUCCAGUAUCUAGGAAUCAACGCAUCCUCGUGCUCCAUAACAGCGUUCACUAUAGAGAGAUACAUCGCUAUAUGCCACCCGAUCAAAGCGCAGUUUUUAUGCACACUCUCGCGCGCGAAGAAAAUUAUUUUUGGAGUUUGGGUUUUCACGUCGCUUUACUGCGUAAUGUGGUUUUACCUGUCCGAUAUCCAACAGGUGCCCUACAAAGAUGUGACUAUAAUAACGUGCGCUUACAAAGUGUCCAGAAACCUUUACCUACCCAUAUAUUUUUUCGAUUUUGGCAUCUUUUUUGUUCUGCCACUCACUCUCGCUACUGUCCUGUACGGCCUCAUUGGGAGAAUCUUGUUUCUUAAUCCUCUUCCGUCGGACCCCAAGGAGGACAAGAACGGGCAUUACAACUUCUCCAAAGCCCAAAAGAACAAGAUGAAGAAUUCCAGCCGCUGCUCCAGCACGACCGCAGCAUCCAGAAGACAGGUUACAAAAAUGCUGGCAGUGGUGGUUGUUCUGUUCGCUGUGCUUUGGAUGCCGUACCGCACUCUGGUGGUGGUGAACUCCUUCCUGCAAGAGGCCUACCUGGACACCUGGUUUCUGCUGUUCUGCCGCACAUGUGUCUACCUCAACAGCGCCAUCAACCCUCUUAUCUACAACGCCAUGUCUCAGAAGUUCCGCGCCGCCUUCCGAAGGCUCUGCCACUGCGGACGCAAUGCCCAGGCGAACAAGGCAGCCUAUAGUGUGGCACUAACCUACAGUGUUGCCAAGGAAACGUCAACGGUGGAAAGCACAGGGCAUUUUUCAACCGUGAUAGAUGAUUUGACACCGACAGAUGAGCUGUUUCCUGAUAAGAAGCUUCUGUAUCCAGAGGACUCUGACUUUAGGAAGGAGACUUUCAGUCAGGCCUGAUAAACUCACAACAGCUACAGUACACACCAUAAAUCUCAGAAUACUAGAGAUCUAACGUAAAACUACACACUGAACUGCAGGGACAGCACUUUGAAAGUUUCACUUUAUCUUGAUUUUAAAAAAGCAUGCUCAAUACAGUCAAAUUCAUCUUCCUGUCUCGUUCACUUGCCAAACAGCUCUUUAGAAACUAAAAUAAAACCACCAUUACUUAAGCUGCAUGGUUGCAUUAUCUGCUGGAGUCAUGAUUCUUAAUUAAAAUCGCAGUGUACUGCAUAUGUAAUGCAGGGUAAACUGAAGAACAUAUUGAUCUGAAAAUAUAUUUAGGGGUUGCCAUUGUGAUUAAUGAGUGGCCUUUUCCCCCUGCAGACCCCUGGGGAAAAAAAAUGCUGAAACUGCUUUAUUCUUCAGUUGCAGUUGUUUCAGGAAUGUUCAAUAAGAGUUAACUUAGUUUACAUCCCACUAUAUAGAAAUAUAUAUUUAUAUAAUACACAGCACUUUCCAUCUAAACCGAAAAUGAAUGUGUAGUUUAUUUUUUUGUCAUUUUGAUAUGUGAAAGUUAUUGGCAUUCUGAAAUCACACUGAAGAAAAUUUAAACAAGAAGUUUAUGACCACCUUUUUAUGUAAACUGAAUGUAAAUAAGCAAAUGAAUGAACAAACAAAUGCAUGAAUAAAAGAUGAAAUAGAUAUUAAAUUUUUACAUCGACAGCAUUUAUGUAAGAUCUAAAGUUGAAUAUAUGAUACAAUAUAUGAUUUGAUGUGCCAUUAGCUCCACCAGCUGGACAGGGUUGCCAGGUGUGCAAAACAAAACCAUCCUAAUUGCUAAUCAAAACUAGCCACAAACUAGUCCAAUUGCAUUAUUUCCAAGCUUGUUUUUUUCUGUUCCGUCGAAAUCAGAUUCUGGGGGAGCUGAGAUCACUAAUGCCGAGUUCACUCUGCACGAUUUUAGCAUAGAUUUUCACUCGCCGUCAGGUUUUGCGAAAUCAUACAAAUGCCUGAAUUCAGAGGCAAAUCGGUGCUUGUUCACACAAGUGACAAUCAUGCAGUGUGAAUUAUCAGACGCGAUCUGAGAUGAUCGCCAGAAUCCUUCUGUGUGAAAUGAGUUCUGACUGAAAAAAUACAUCGGCAAUAACCUACAGCCAAUGAGAAAGCAAGAUACAGUGCAGUGGGAAGUUUGUGGAUGAGUUAUAGACCACAAUAUCAGCAAGCAUGGCUUCGGCUCUGAGACAGGCUCCUUCUCGGUCAAUUUGGACCCAAGAAAUGGAGAAAAAAAAAUUGUUAACAUUUCCAGUCUCGUGCAAGAACUCUGAUCUCAUGCGUGAUUUUGUGCUAUUUCCUUAUCACUUCUCGCGUGUGUUUGGUUGUGAAACGUAGUUUGCAAACCAGGCAGAGCUGUCGGCGAUUCUUCCUACAGUCAUGCGCGUGUAACCUCCUGUCAGCAUUGUGCAAUGUGAACACGGCAGCAACUGAAUGCUUACCCCAGAUAGUCAUGCAGUGUGAAAACAACAGUGAUCCGACGACACUGAAAAUCGUGCAGUGUGAACUUGUCAUAAGAAACAACCUGUGGCAACAGAGUAAAAGUAGCCCAAUUCUGUGGGAAAACCACAGACUUGGCAACACUGCAACUGGAAAUGCAUGAAUAAUCAUUGUUUUCUCACACGUUUCCCAAACACCCCCCUUGAUUGCCAUUGGUCAUAUAAAACAAAUAGUGCCGCCCCAAACUCAUGCUAUUGGUUUAGCCAAUGUCGCUAUGUCCUGCAGCUAAAACCUUCAGAGAAAUGUAAAAGAAAAACAA